AUGACCAUCACAGAGAAGACGACCUUCGAGCGUAUUCAUUUUCUCUAUAGCAGAGACGAUAAUAGAUUCUUGACCUUGCGUAAGCAAAAGUUCGCUAAUACCUCUGAAAAUGAGAUUUGGGAAGCUUUGACGAGUAGCAAGGCUGUGGAAGAAGCUGACUUGACGGUCAGAGAUUUAAGUGAAUGCAAGGCAUUUGAAAAGGUCACAGCUGACAGUGUCGUUGGUGUCAUUACCGAAAAAUUCAGCCCAUCCAAGUUUGACUUGUGGUUCAUCAAGACGGUCUUGAAUAACAGCUAUAUUCGGCACAAUUUGAUCAAGUAUAAUGGAAUGGGUGCGUAUUAUGCCGAGGUAAUCACCGACUUGUUUGAAAAGUCACUCAGAAAUAUCUCGAAAGAAGAUAGAUGGGGCGAAGGCAAAGCAUCUUUUCUUAAAUGUGUUGAGUUUUUUACCUCCAGAAAUUUGCCCAUCGAGUCUGUGCUCCCAGCAUUUCCAUGCAAGUCACCUAACCCAGAAAAGGUAGCUUCCUGUUAUCCAGACAUGGCGGAGGAGCUCGCAAUCAAAAGAAUCAUCAAGUUCGUUCAAGCCGUGCAAAAGGUCUAUCCUCCUGGAAUGAAGUUCUAUCUUGUCAGUGAUGGCCAUGUUUUCAGUGACUGCAUUCAUGUUGAUGACGACAUGGUAGACCUUUAUUUCAAGAAGCUCGAGGCCCUCUAUCAUCGUGUGAAGCCCAAUGAAUUUGACGGCAUUAUUUUUAGGGGUCUCAAUGACUGCUUCCGAUCUACUGAGAAGGAAUUUAUUGCAGACCUCUUGAGAGAAGUCGACGUUGACCAUCACAUCCCUACACAGUUAGACAAAGAAACUGAGUUCAACCGCAAAGUUUUGAUGCUUGGAUGCGACGACAAUGCUGACCUUUUGAGGAAGCAGAUCAAGACCCCAAACCACCCACGUCUCUAUUUAUACCGAGGAUUCAGCAAGUUCAUGUGCGAGGACCUUGCUAGAACCGAAAUUGCCAAGGCUGUUCUGAAGAAGAAGUAUAAAAAACUAAUUCUGGCUAUUGCGUUUGAAAUGAUCAGAAGAAAUGAUGCUUAUUCCAACUUGGUAGAGCUCAUUUUUCCUUUCCAUUUGAGAUUUUCCAUUCAUGCACAUCAUAAUGCCGGGCCAAAAUUUGGCAUUCGUUUGUUAGAUCCUGCGAUUUGCACUGUUGCUGGACAUGAUCAGAACGAAGAAGAUCGGUUGCUUCACAUACCAACACCUUGGCAUAACAGUAUUUUUAAGAUGGACAACUCUGAGAAGUUCAUUGUGUCUCCCUCAAGAUUAGCAGACGAGCUUGAUGCAAACGAGAAGGUCGAAGGCGGCUGGAAUGAGGAGCAAAGAUUGUUUCUUUAUCGCUAUAUUUGA